AUGAAUGUGAGGGAGAUGGACACACGCUCUUCCAAGUUACAACGUCGAGGAAGGGAAAGAUCUCAAAGAAGUGACUUGGCGGCAGCUGAGAAAGAGGUGGAGAAUGCAGAGAUGUCGCAUUCUGGACUUCCAACCAGAUCUGAUGAUGAUGUUGAUGAUGAUGGUGGUGGUGAUGGUGGUGGUGUUGGUUGUGGUUUGAAGCGCGCGCCGCUGGACAUCCGCAAUCGGCCGCGCAUCCCGGUGCCGGACGAGGACCCGUACAGCGUGGCGGGCUCCGGGGGCUCGGGCGGCUCCGGGUCGUCGGGCGCCAGCUCGGGCGGCGCCGGGGGCGUGGUGGCGGCGGCGCGCGAGCAGCUGCUGCAGCAGCGGGAAGCCCUGCUGGCCCGCGGCCGCGCCGACCGACCGCCCAAGCUGCCGCCGCGCGACCCUUCCUACCCGCAGCCGCAGCCCCACGACAUCCCCAAGGUGAGACCGACAGCACCGGCCCCGCUGCCGCCCAAGGCUUGA